CCGCUUUGCGACGUCGACUCUCCUCAGUCGACAGGUGCAAGGGAAGGGUCAGCGGCUGUUCAGCGGCCAUGGCGCUGAACAGGAACCAUUCGGAGGGGGGCGGCGUCAUCGUCAAUAACAGCGAAAGUAUUUUGAUGACUUAUGAUCACAUCGAAAUGACAUUCCAUGAUAUGGAACACAUGCCAGAUGCAUUCAAGGGGACCAAGAAAGGCAGUGUCUUCAUGACCCCGUAUCGAGUUAUCUUUGUGUCUAAAGGAAAAGAUCCAAUGCAGUCUUUCAUGAUGCCCUUUUAUUUGAUGAAAGAAUGUGAGAUUAAACAGCCAGUUUUUGGAGCAAAUUACAUCAAGGGUACAGUGAAAGCAGAGGCAGGAGGUGGUUGGGAAGGAUCAGUAACAUUCAAAAUGACAUUUUCAGCUGGAGGUGCUAUAGAAUUUGGACAACGUAUGCUGCAAGUUGCAUCUCAAGCUUCAAGAGGGGAGGUCCCCAACGGAGCUUAUGGUUAUUCAUACAUGCCAAAUGGAGGCUAUGCCUUUCCACCGCUUGCUGCUAAUGGGAUGUACCCUUCUCCUCCCUCGGGGUACCCUUACCCACCACCACCUCCUGCGGAAAUGUACCCUGGUCCCCCAAUGGCUGGGGAUAUGGGAUACAUGCAGCUUCCUCCACCUCCCUAUCCUGGGCCCAUGGAGCCACCUGCUGCUGGCCCAGACCUUCCUUCCACUCCAGCAGCUGAAGCCAAGGCUGCAGAAGCUGCUGCAAGUGCUUAUUAUAACCCAGGCAACCCUCAUAACGUCUACAUGCCGAUGGACCAGCCUCCUCCUCCUCCAUACUUUCCUCCAGAGGACAAGAAAACCCAAUAAGCAGCCACUGCGCAGUGCUUCCUCAUUUCUAUUUGGCUCAAUGUUCAGUAGGGGUAUGACAGUAAUAAGGACCGACUAGUCUCCCUCCAGUGCACGCAAGUCCCAUGAACAGCAGUGGUAGCUGUGUGCCAUUAGGAAAGAGAUUCUAACCUUUUCCUGGAUUGUCACGCAUACAUGCACCCUAAGAAUAUAUACUGUAUGAUUCUUUCUUCAUGCCAAUGAUAUUAAUAAAAAAGGCUUUGUUCUUCUUCUCCCAUUCCAUCUUUCAAUUUUCCAGGAGAACAUUGUUAGCUGAGCAAAGACUAUUUUAACUGAAGCUUAUCAACAACUAUAAAAUGUGGAAGGUGUUGACAUUUUGAUGUGUUGGCCAGCUCUCAUUUAAGCUUCAGAAGAAAAUCAACUGUUUUCCAUUCUUCGGUUCUUCGUUGCAUGAACCCUGCCAUGUUGUGACUAAGAAAAUGCACUAAUAUUUUGACAAGAUGACAUAAUUGGCACAUGCUUAGACAUUUGGCUCUAUUUAGACUCUGGAAUUUUCUGCCAUUUCUUCCACACAAGCAUGUGUGGGUUGCAUGUGUGCAUCAUUAGUUAAUUUUGAACAUUCCUAUCUAUUCACUUAUGCUUCUUGGUUAUCUUUUUUUUUUCUUAAAACAAAAUGAAGGAUGCGUGAUUCUGCAAGUGAAUCAUCUUGCCUCUAAAGUUAACAGGGAAAUUGACUUGAUGACCAGAUGCUUGAUCCGUUGUCUAAAUUCCAUCCUAGCAGCUGAAAGUGUUUCUAAGGAAGAAGACAGCUCACACUGACCUAUUUAUGUAUUUAUUUGGUUUGGGGUGUUUAAUUUAUUAUUUGAAAUUUAUCCCUAGCACAGUUGAAGUGCUUUCCCCCUUACCUAAAUGUGUUCAGACAUACAUCACUCUCUCCAGUUAUUUCCCAGGCUGGUGAUUAUUUUAUACUGACGUACAGCGAGAGUGUGCAAAGAGCAAAAUUCUUUUUGGGUUUUCUGCAUCUUGUAUUCAUUCUUGGUGAAUGCUUUAAUACCAGUGAAAUUCCAUCUAUACCAGAGCCACAAAUAAUGUCUUUGUUUUUCUGAACCAAAAUAUGUGAAAAGAAAAAUGUGGGAGAAUACUCAGAACUGGUUUUAUAUACCAAUAGUACUGGGGUAUAUGUGGCUCCCAAAGACCUCAGAAACAUUUACCUGUAUGCCUGAAAAUCAGUUUAUACAGACGCAACUGUUCCAGCAUGUUUGGAUAACUGGAAAUGCACUCUUAUUUCAUUAGCAUUGUCUCUGGCUUGCAGGAAUAAAAUGAAAAUCUGAACUGUAUAAAAUCUCCCAUGCUUUUCUGUAAAUUGCAGUCAUACAAACACUUCACGCUGUGGCGCUCUGAAAUGCUUGCUUAAUGAACCCAUGCUGAAAGUCUGGACCUCCUUUCAGUUACUUUGAUCUUGGGUAUGCAGUGGUGUUUUGAGGCAGUACUAGUUAAUUUCAGCCUUGUGCACAUUUGCAGCUUUUUCAAUCAGCACUGCGUCCCAAAUGUUUCCUGUUGUUGCUGCAGAAACAUCCCAAGGAAAUCCGAACAUAGUAACUGUUGUCCAGUGCAUGACAGAGAUGGUUUAGCUGCAUGUCUCCUCAAUGUCUGAUUUUUGCUUCCCAGACUUUUGAAUCCCAGACUGUUUCAUUUUGACCUUGCAGAAUACUGACCAUGUGAGUUUCCAGGAGGUGAAAGUGCAAACUUCUUUGCUUUUAAAAUGUCCCUAUUUGCCUUGAUUUCAGUAGCAGUCACUUUGCAAAAUUGAUUUUGGAACGAGGUAAAGACCAAAGUGGUAAAGACCUUCACUUUUUAUAGGAUGCAGAUUCAAUGCAUGCACUGUUUUACAGAUCCCUUUCUUGCAGGAGCUUAAAAAACAUCCUGUACUAAUCACAUUUUGCCCUGAGCAGUGCAGCCUAAAUCUGUGGUCCUUAGUUUAAUUUCCGAAAUGCUUUUUAGCUGACCCUAUGAUGUUUUUUCUUGUGCACAAUCCUCUUAUUUUGUGCACUGAUGUUUUUUCUAGGUUUGCUAUUUAAACUGCAGUGAUGUAAAGAAAUUGUAAUUUUAAAAUAGGUAUGUAUUUUGAAGAACUAUUAAUAUAUUAUGGAUGUGAAACAGUUCUUUUGAAUGCAAGCUGUCUUUUGAUUUGCGGAGACUAUGAAAUAAAGAUAGCAUCAACUCUU